GUACUGGUCAAGUGCUCGGUCGCGAUGGGAUUAAUGAGUCCCAAGGGCGAGAAGACUUAGUGGAGCUUUUCUGCGUAAUGACGGAGGCCCCUUUUUGCUUUUGAUGUGAAUGUGAUCCAAGCGUUGGUGGUCGAUAAUGGUGAUGAUUAAUUGCAAUAUAAGUGAUGUGAAGAAUGGUGCUAAUAGUGAUGGAUGUCCCAGUAAAGAUGGUGACACGAUUCCUAAUAGUGAACAUAAGAGCAAGGUGACCUUCUCGGAAGUGGAUAAUAUUGAAUUGGAUUCUCUGGAGUUGGAUUUAUGGGAUACAGAUUGGGGAUACGAUUCAAGCCACAGUAAUGUAACCGUGAAUGCAACUUCCGAAGCUUCUGAAUCACGACGUUUGGACAUUGGGAAUUCUGGCCUGCAAACCAUACCUGAGGUAGUCCUUCAAUCCCUUGAAGAUGUCGAAGAACUACUAGCAGGUCAGAACAAGCUCCAAGAGAUCGGACUGAAAGCGCUAGCUCAGUUUCCGCAACUCCAAAUUCUACGUCUACCAGGCAAUGGAUUCCGGACCUUCCCCACUCCGUUGCUCUUCAUCGCCGGCCUCACCGUCUUGGAUUUGGCAGAUAACUCGAUUGAUCGCAUACCAGACGAGAUCGCUCAACUCGAAUUAUUACAAGAACUCCGGAUCGAUCGAAAUGAAGUCUCCGAGCUCCCUAACACUUUGAAAUCAUUACGAAACCUCAAAUCUCUCCAGGCUGCCAAUAAUCGUAUCAGUCGAUUACCACCAUUUCUCGUAAAAAUGCGCACCAUGGGGCUAGUUGACAUGUAUGCCCAGAAGACGGAUCCCACCAUUCUGAACAAUCUUCAUUCGCGACAAGAACGAGCCAACAGCUAUUCGAAUCCUCCAUUGAACAAAGUCAGUCUGCGUGCAAAUCAGCUUCGUGGGAACAUCAUACUUGGAAACUAUGGAAAUUUGACACAGUUAGAUGUUAGCGAGAAUGAGAUUGAAGUGCUAGAUCUAUCAGCUCUUGGGCAAUUGGAGUCACUGCAAUGUUGUCGCAACAAGCUGGUGGAGCUGACUGUUAAUGGAGGCGCAUUAACAUCUCUGAUUGCUGGAAAUAAUGACCUUCGCAAACUUUCUGUUACACCAGCGCCUGCACAUCUUCGCCACUUGGACGUUGGAUUCAACAAUCUCGUAGAACUACCAGAAUGGCUCAGUGGUUGCCACCAACUUCGAACUUUAUUCGCUAACAAUAAUCGCCUCCGUACUCUUCCUGAACACCUCUUCUGCAGUGAACUGAACACCCUACACACCCUGCAGCUUGGCUACAAUAGGCUAACUUGUUUACCUGCUAUGCCACGAAGAAGACUACCCCUACAAGAACUCUUCCUGCAAUGCAAUGAAAUCGAGGAACUACCGGAGAACUUCUUUUAUGCCUGCGAAAAUUUGGUUUUACUCAACGUGUCCAGCAAUAAAUUAUCCACCCUGCCGGUAGUGGAUGGGGAGAAUUCGCAGCUGGAAAGAUUGUACGCAACGAAAAAUUGUUUAAACGACAGAGUUUUGGAUUCGUUGAUCAAGUUCAGGAAUCUGAGGGUCCUCCAUGCCGCUUAUAACAAAUUAACUACAUUUCCAGAGGAUUGCAUCAGAAAUUGGAAUGAAUUGGAUGAACUUAUAUUAUCCGGCAACAGACUUCAACAUUUACCGGAAAAUUUGGCAAAUUUAGUGCAUUUGAGGGUGUUGAGGGUGCAUUCAAAUCGAUUACAAUCGACCCCACCGCUAUCUAGAACGAGUACCCUAAGAGUGCUAGAUUUGGCGCACAACCAGCUGGAUAAAAUCAACUUGGUCAGCCUGGUACCAAAGAAAUUGCAGUUUUUGGACCUAUCAUGUAACCUUCAACUCCAAGUUGACCCAAGGCAACUUCAGGUCUGUCGUUCGCAACGCCCGAUGAGCCUCGUUGAUGUAUCUGGAAAAAAUCGAUCCAGCCUUCCUUCUACUCCGGAUGCUUACCAAGAAAAUGCAGACAUAGAACCACCAUGGAAGGUAGGAUUCUCUGAAACAGCAGGAUCGUCCUCCAAGCUCUACAUUGCUCAGUUGCGACUCCCUAAUUUCUGCAACACUGAAGGACUCUUUGGAAUAUUCGAUGGGGAAGUUAAUAGCACAGUCCCAAGUCUUCUAGUGAAAGUCAUUCCGAAGAUUCUUUUGGAAGAGCGUACAGUUAAGGAAACUUCCCGGGAGUACAUGAAAUAUACCCUUCUUUCAGCGCAUAGAGAACUGAGACAUAAUGGGCAGAAACAUGGAGUCUGUGCGACCCUUUGUCAUAUUUCUCGGCAGAAGAUUUCUCAUGAUUAUUCCGCGACAAGUUCGCAAGGAAGAAAGUUCGUCCUUCGGAUUGCAAGUGUUGGAGAGGCUUCUGCAUAUUUAAUACGCAAAACAGGAUGUGUUCGCCUCACUCCAUCUACACCGAGGCGACAAAUUGGAAACAGUGCUAGUUUUCCGCUUGUAGUUCCUGAUCCUGAAUUAUCUGAGUUGGUGCUUGGCGAACAGGACGAAUAUUUGGUGAUAGGCAACAAAAAACUGUGGGAAAUUAUGGAUAUUGAAAUCGUUGCUCGAGAAAUUAGAAUCGAGGAGAACGUCAUUUUGGCUGCUAAGCGAAUUCAGGAUAUUGCUCAAAGCUUUGGAGCUGAAGAGAACCUUAGCCUUAUUAUUGUAAAGUUUAACAGUCUAGGAACAGAUGUUGACUUCCUGAUUAGAGAGCUGCGUCAAACAGUUCGGAAAAAGUCCACGAGUGUUCUUUCAGGAUUUUGUAAAUGUGGUUGUUGUUGCGAGUCAAACAAUAGUUGUUGCCACUCAGCAGGAUCAACCCAAUUUGUUCGUCAACUCUCUGGUCGAAGUGAUCGAUCAUCUCCGAGUGGACAGAGUGAUCAAGCAACCAGUGAACUUACAGCAGCUACAAAGCCCAAAGUAGAGUCGGUAUCGAGUGUGACAAGCAAGAAGUCUACAGGACAUAUUGCAAAUGAACGACGUAGUUUGAAAGGGAGCGUGGCCAGGGCAGUUCGAGCAAAGAUUGAAGAGGAGCGCGAACGGGAGCUGGAUGAGACCGACUCGGCUCUUUCUGAAGAACAGUACAAAUGCUGGGAGUAUAUGUUGGAACAGAACACUCAGCUUCUUUUCGACAAGGAACUCAACACGAUCUCCAAAGCCUUCACCAAAAAUGAUGGUUCUUCCAAAACAGGCACCAAUAACUUAAAUCUUCUGAGCAACAGCUCAAACUUGGUUCGUGCAACAAACAACAAACUUCUAUCAGCCAGUACCCCGCAAUUAAUGUACAAUGACAACCAGCUUAAUACGUCCUCCUAUCAAAAUUCAUUCUUAUCAAAACACUUUGGGAGUGCAAGAUCCUUUCAUCCACCCGCACCGACAGGACUUUUUAAAUCGUUGAGAUUUAACUCCAGUGGGCGACUUCAGCCUAUCGGGGGUGGUCCAAAUGCGGCGUAUUUCGGGUCGUUACAAAGGCUCAUGCCGUAUAAUUUGGAAUAUGAUUUUGCAGUGAUGCAGGAGCGCGGCGGUCUACAGGAUGAAUCUCUGGAACAUGAAGGACGGAUGAGGCAGUAUUGGGGCGUGGCGACCACGGAGUUGUAAUUUUUUUGACGAGGCUUGAA